AUGGUGUUGGUGUUGGGCCCUCCAUCAGCCCCCCGCCUCCCGGUCAGCCAGCUCAACGACACCACGGUGACUCUGGAGUGGAGUGAGCCAGUGGAACGAGGAGGCAGAGGAGACCUCACCUACAGGGUUUUAUGCUUCAACUGUGGGCCUGCCAGCACCAGCAAGGGAUUGGUCAGUUCCUGUUCUCCGUGUGAUGACAGCAUCCUGUACCGCCCGAUGCAGCGCAGCCUAACUCAGCGCCGCGUCAACAUCUGGGGGCUCCGCCCACAAACCAAGUACAUGUUCACCAUCCAAUCACUGAACGGUGUGUCAGCUGCCAGCCAAUCAGAGCCGGCCUCUGUCAGGAUCAAUGUCACCAUCAGCAGAGAUGUUCCUCCUCCGGUCUCUGGUCUGAGGAGGGCAGAGGUUUCAGAGAACACUCUGUCUAUGGAGUGGACUGCCCCAGUUCUGCAGAACCAGCACCAGAUCCUGGAUUAUGAGCUGCGGUACUGCCGUAAAGAUGGUGAGGAGGCGGGUCAGUGGCAGUACGUGUCCAGUAGGUCUUCCUCUGUGGUUCUGAUGGGCCUACAGAAGGCAACCCAGUACCAGGUCCAGGUUCGAGCUCGCUCUCAGGUCGGGUACGGACCGUUCAGCGCCAUGAGGAGCUUCAGCACGCUGCCCGACGGGACAACGUCGUCUCAGCUGGUGCUGACCGAUGAAGGUCUACAUCGACCCGUUCACCUACGAGGACCCCAACGAGGCUGUCAGAGAGUUCACCAAGGAGAUCGACGCCGCCUUUGUUAAGAUUGAGGAAGUUAUCGGAGCAGGUGAGUUCGGUGAGGUGUGCCGCGGUCGUCUGAGGGUCCCGGGCAGGAAGGAGAACUACGUGGCCAUCAAGACUCUGAAGGGCGGCUACACGGAGAAACAGAGGCGGGACUUCCUGUCCGAAGCGUCCAUCAUGGGUCAGUUCCAGCACCCCAACAUCAUCCACCUGGAGGGGGUCAUCACCACUUCCUGUCCCGUCAUGAUCCUCACAGAGUUCAUGGAGAACGGAGCGCUCGACAGCUUCCUGAGGAUGAAUGAUGGACAGUUCACCACCAUCCAGCUGGUGGGGAUGCUUCGGGGCAUGGCUGCAGGGAUGAAGUAUCUGUCAGACAUGAGCUUCGUCCACAGAGACCUGGCUGCUCGCAACAUCCUGGUCAACUCCAACCUGGUCUGUAAGGUGUCAGAUUUUGGUCUCAGCCGGUUCCUGAAGGAGAACUCUUCGGACCCGACCUACACCAGCUCUCUGGGCGGGAAGAUUCCCAUCCGGUGGACGGCUCCCGAAGCCAUCGCCUACAGGAAGUUCACGUCAGCCAGCGACGUGUGGAGUUACGGGAUCGUCAUGUGGGAGGUGAUGUCCUACGGAGAGAGGCCGUACUGGGACAUGAGCAACCAGGACGUGAUCAACGCCAUCGAGCAGGACUACCGGCUGCCGCCGCCGCCCGACUGCCCCGCCUCCCUGCACGCGCUCAUGUUGGACUGCUGGCAGAAGGAGCGGGCCGACCGGCCCAGGUUCUGUGAUAUUGUGGCAUCGCUCGACAGGCUGAUCCGAAACCCCGCCUCCCUGAAGGCGACGCACCUGGAGGCCCCAAGUCCGUCCCACCCCCUUUUGGACCAGCGAGUACCCCCUCCUCUGUCAGCCUGUGGUUCUGUUUCUGAGUGGCUCCGGGCCAUAAAGAUGGAGCGAUACGAGCAGAACUUCCUGCAGGCUGGGUUCACCAGCCUGGACGUUGUUUCACAGCUCAACACAGAAGACCUGCUCAGAGUGGGCGUCACCCUCGCUGGUCAUCAAAAGAAAAUCCUCUCCUCUAUUCAGACGCUCAGGAUACACAAGGCCACGCCCACUUUACUCUACUGACUAAUCAGAGUCCAAAGCCUAGCUCUUACCAACCAGCUGCGAGACUCCGCCUCUUUGGUUGGACCAAUCAGAGCAGAACAGUUCAACAUCUAAACGCCAUCCUGUAAACUGCUGGACUCGGGUGCUCCAUCCAGUCCAAGAACAGCUGAUGUCCAGCUUGUUGCUCAGAACUCAGGACAUUGUCUCACACCAGCCAAUCAGCUACUCAGGAAAAUGAAGAAGGCGUGGCUUGUUGUGAUCAACCAAUCGUCAUUCAGAACAACGAUCAGACUUUAACCCAAGAGACUGGACCUCUGUGACCCUGUCCCCAGAUCAGGUUCUUCUGAGGUUAAUGAGCCCCGCCCUCUUCCCAGAACAAGAUUGGACUUCAUG